CACAACAGCAUGAAACGAGAGUGGCACAAAGUAAUGGGAAGUUUAAGCGACGAUAUUGGAGAAAAUAAGUAAAAUGCUGAAUUUUUUACAGUGUAGACAGUCUGGCAUAGACGAUCCAUUGCUGAUCAAAUGGGCUGAGUCGACGAGAAGGGCCUUUUGUCUUGGAUUAAGUCGCCACCGCGAUGUUCAGCAAAUCCACUCUGGUGGGAUUAAUACCCUGGACAUUGAUUGUGUGGAAAGGCGAUAUAUGCUGUCCGGGGGAUCUGAAGGUGUCAUUGCCUUAUACGACCUUCACAAUACCAGCGGGGAUAUCAAGUUUACCUGUCCAAGUGUGUGUACAGUGGGCAAGUCUCAUCGUCAUGUCCACAAACACAGUCUGUUGACCGUCCAGUGGUACCCGCUGGACACAGGACUCUUCACGUCCAGUGGCACAGACAAACUCCUCAAAGUCUGGGACACCAAUACACUUAUUCCUGCAGAUACAUUUGAGUUCAGUGGUAUUGUUUACAGUCACCACAUGUCCCCAGUAGCCUCCCAGCACAGUCUGCUGGCUGUCGGGUGUUUAGGGGCCACGGUGAAACUGGUGGAUCUCAAAUCUGGCUCAGCCAUUCACAGGCUCAAGGGCCACAAGAAGACGGUGUUUGCUGUCCGCUGGUCAACAAGAGAUGAGUUCAUUUUAGCCACAGGAAGUGAAGACAACAAUGUUCUGCUGUGGGAUGUUCGCUCAGCAAAGAGCUAUCUUAUGAGCCUAGAUCAGCAUAAUGGAGAGGCCAAGUCAGAUACAAGAAAAGGUGCAAGUUCUCACAGUGGGCAUGUGAACAGUUUGUGUUUCAGCUCGGACGGAUUGCAUUUAGUGUCCUUUGGCACAGACGAUCGCAUUCAUUUAUGGAAUACUACCAGUGGUCGAAACACAAUGGUGCAUUACGGGAAAGUCACUAAUGAGACACGGAAGGGCAUCACAAUGUGUGUGUCACAUAAUUGUAAACCCGACGUUCUAUUUGUGCCCAGCGACUCAAACAUUGACGUGUUUGACCUUUUUACAGGGGUCAGACUGAAUGUUUUACGUGGACAUUAUAACCAGGUCAACUGCUGUGUGUUCAACCCGGAUGUCCAGGAGCUGUACAGUGGGGGAAAUGACCGUAACAUUCUCGUGUGGCUGCCCGAAACUGACACGGCUUAUGAUGACCACCUUCGGGAACAAAAAGGGCAGCUGGGUGCAAAGAGAGGAGCUAUUAGUCACCCUGCAACUGCAGAUGCCUGGAGUAGCGAUGAAGAUUAAGGCACAUACUCCAGGAACAUGUUAUGGUCAAGGUACCAAAUUUUACAAUGAGAGGGAAGUCUGGCGGGGCAAUGAAGGUUGAGGGACAGAGGCCUGAAAUAUAGAGAGGCACAGGUACCAAAAUGUACAAAGGGAUGGGCUGUUUCGGUAGUCUGCUGGCAAAUGCACGUCAAGUGUAGCAAUGAAGAUUGAGGAACAGACGUCAGGAACAAGGACGUCAAGGUCAAGACACAGGCACCACAGUGUCAAAGAGGAACAGGUUUUACUAGUCAAAGACAAAGCAGUGAUGAAGAUUGUGGGGUAGAUGCCUGGCACAAGGACAUGAAGGUCAAGACACAGGCACCACAAUGUCAAAGAGAGAGACUGUUUUAGACUGGCAAAGACAGAGUAGCAAUGAAGAUUGAGGAACAGAUGCUCGGAACAAGGAUGUCAAGGUCAAGACACAAGCACUAUGAUGUCGAAGAGUGGAUUUGAAUGUUGAGGGCCAAUAUGCACCCCGGUACGUGGGAAGGUCUACUGCAACCUGCGGAUGGUUGUGGGUUUUCCCUGGGCUCUGCCCGGUUUCCUUCCACCAUAAUGCUGGCCACCAUCUUAUAAGUGAAAUAUUCUUGAAUACUGCAUAAAACACCAAGCAAAUAAGUAAAUAUGCAUCCAGAUCUGCAUGUAUGAAUAGUGGGGCUGGUUUAAUAGUCACCUGACCAAGGAUUUCAGGAUUGAAUCGGGAGUGGUAUUCAGGAUGUGAGGGACAUACGCAUGGCCAUGAAGCUCAAAUAUGGCAUCAGGGUAAUGAGCAAUGCUGUGUUAUGACUGCUGAGAGCUGUUUUGGCCUGCAGUGAAGAAAAGGAACGUUCUAAAUGAAUGAACAGAGGGUGGCAAGUUUCACAAGGAUUCAUUUCUGGUGAAAAGAUGAGUUCAAAGAUUUUUGACUGAAGUCUUGUUGAAUUUGUGAAUCUCUCAGAAUUGUGCUUCUAAUAAUAAGACAAACAAGUCUGAUGGAGAUUUAUGAAGAUGGUAUCAGAACGUGAAAUGCAAGGAUAUUUUUUAUUUGCACUAAUAAUGUGUAAAAUGCAAAAAGGAACAUGAUCUAGAGAAAGCUGGGGGUGAAGCCCUUGUGGUUCUGCAGCCCCUGCACAUGUAACUUCUCUUGAUUUUUCACAAACUAAUCAGCCUUUUGUACAACAUUUACAAUUCGUGUUAGUUAGUAAAAAAAGUUAGAACAAAAUCCCAUGAUAUUGUAGGUAAUUUGUUAUAUGCUUUAUGUAUACAUCUUUCCAUAUGAAAAAUAUUCAUCAAACCAGUAGAUUCUGCAUUCUAAAGCUUGGAAGCACAACAAGAGGAUGAGCCACACAAAAAGGUCCGAAUUGCAGCAGAAUACAUCAUUGUGUACUACAUAGGUGAUUUAUGUUCACAUAUACAACGAUAAUUGUGACGUAA